AUGGAAAAUUCAUCAAACCGCUUCCUUGUUUCGGGCUACUCAAGAAGGUCAAAUACGCACAAUUUAGGGGAUUCACGAUAUUCCGAACGUGUCUCUUCUAGAGCCUUCGCACGUCCUGCAACAGCAACACGACGGGUUAGUUUCCAAGUUAACCUCGCACCAACUCAACGGUCUUUUAUACCGUCCAAAUGGAGGGACUUUCACAAGAAGAACGCAACAUUAUCAAGAACCAUCCUCCAACUGACUCAGUGGAUAAUUUACGAGGCGUGCUUCAGGAAGCUGAAAAAAAUCUAUGGGCUGCGCGUAACUUCCCGCCUUGACCAACUCUAUCAAGGAGCAGCUUCGGGACUCCUCUCUGCUUUACAGGGAGAGGAUGCAGCUUACAACCUUCGCUCACGGAUGCAUGAUGGAAAUAUGGCAUCUGAUCUAGCACGCUUAGUCGAGCGCCUCCAAAAGACAAAAGGAAACUUCAGAUACGAUGAGUAUCGCCUGCUGGUAUGUCUGGUCAUUCAAAGGCCACCAGACAUUGAAGUCCAGAGUGUUGAAAAAUGGAACUUUGAGAUCUGGACAGCUGUAUUUAGCCUCAUUGACAACAUUCUUCAAACAACUCCUCCAGUGAGCAUCUCUCCCUCCUUUGACAGCACGCCAGUCAAAUCCACCUCAUCAUCACAGAUAGGUUCUGAGCAGAAACGUGAGUUGGUGAAUUCAAGAAUCUUUGAGGAGAUAUGUGACUGCACAUUUCGAGACAUUGAGGGCUUCUUUGACAAAUACUUUGAGGAGAAGAACUGGAGCAGCAAAGCAGAUGCCAUCUGUCAACGCAUACUGGCCUCAGACAGUGAUGGUAAUUGGGCCCAGUUUCCUGAUCCUCCUACACAGGAUAAUGUCCUCACCUGGUGGUUUCGUCUUCAAGAAGACCUUCUCUCAGAAUCAUGUGGCAUCUACUACACCACAGCAGAACACCAAGUUGACCUUCUUUUGCGAGCUAGAGAUGAGAGCCUCUCACAAAACAAACACAACUGGAGAGACAUCCUGGUGAUUGGUGAGCUCAAAAAAUCUAAGAAUGAGAUCAAGACCAAAGCCACACUGCUGCAGAUCAGCCGCUGUGUACGUGAGGUCUUUGCUGCGCAGCCCACCCGGCGGUUCAUUCAUGCAUUCAAUGUCUGCGGGACCAAGAUGGAGGCAUGGGUGUUUGACCGCUCAGGCCCCUACAGCUCAGGCAUCGUUGAUGUCUACACAGACUCAAAACGGUUCUUUCAAGUGCUUGUGGGCUACACCAUGAUGAGUGAUGAGGAGCUGGGACUGGACACCUUUAUUGCUAGGGAUGAAGACGGCAACAAAUCAAUAACUGUCAAAAAGCCUGAGAACUCAGAGGAAAAGAAGGUGCGGCUGGGUGAAAUGCUUUCCUGUCAGUUUGCUAUCGUGUGUCGCGGAACCACAUGUUUUCUCGCAAAUGAUGGACAGGGCGUAGCCAAAUUCUCAUGGGUGUCAGACAAGCGGCAGUCACAGGUGGAACUCCUCAAGCUGGCAGGUCAGAAGAAUGUCCAGGGGGUUGCCAGGAUCAUUGGCCAUGGUGCCAUCACUAGUAUCACUGACAUGCGCUGCAGCCUGACCUUCAACAACAAACGCCAUGACUUCAAAAGCUCACCCUUCAGCAGAGCCUCCUCAAUCCAUCAAUCUCAGGCGCUCACCGAGGCCUGUCACUUAGAUAUCCGUCAAAAGUCAUCAUCCAGGAAGUGCAGAUACCCAGACAAGGGGGUGCAGUCAACACACAAACCAAGUCUCUUCGACAGGAAUGGUGAGGAACUCUAUGACAACCGUGUUCUUCACUGUCUUGUGAUCUCACCCGCUGGCCGGCUGAUCUAUGACUACAGGUCACCCUUGGAACUUCUCACAGCACUUCGCGAUGCAAUAAAAGCGCACCGGUCUCUUUACCUGGAUGGGAACAUUCUUCAUCGGGAUAUUUCAGAGAACAACAUAAUAAUAACUGAUCCAGACAAGGCAGAUGGCCACUCAGGCAUGCUAAUUGAUCUGGAUCUUGCCAAAGAAGUUGGGAGUGGGCGAAGCAGUGCACGGCACCGCACUGGUACAAUGGAGUUCAUGGCGAUUGAGGUGCUGCUUAAUAUCGACCAUACCUACCGGCAUGAUCUCGAGUCAUUCUUCUACGUGCUUAUCUGGCAAUGUGCCCGUCAUGGUUGGGACAAGUUAAAGCGGUUGCGGGCAUUGUAUCAGUUACAUGGCUGGUUGGGAGAUAGUAUGUUAGAAAUAUGGUACGCUGGAAGCCAUGAGAAAAUUGCAAAUGCCAAACAAGGCAACAUUGGAGCUGGUGGAUUUGAGCGCAUCUUAACAGUUGAAUUUUCUCCACCGAACAACAGUUUACUGACAAAAUGGUACACUGAUACUUACAGGGAGAUCGCAAGAAUUAAACGAAGCGACAUGGGUGCAGAUGGGUUUGAGGAUAUUUUAUCUGAGUUUCCCCCAAUAUUUGAGUAUGCCAAACCUCUUUGCAGAGCUAUACGAGACAUUCUUUUCCCGUAUGGGGGCAGAGGAGUUAUCGUUGGUACCCCGCAAGACCCAAACCGCUUAUACGAUCCAAUUAUCAAGGCAUACGAUGAUGCGAUAUCUUUGAUUGGAUGUCAAAGUGAUUAG